AAACGUAGUUAUAAACAUAAGGUUGUAAGAAAUCAACUAAUCAUAGUCGAUCAUUUUUCGAUCACAAAAGAAAUAAUUAUUUGUGAUUGGUCAGUUUUUUACAAUUUUACGUUUACAACUACGUUUACGCAAUUGUAGAAUGGCCUUUAGAAUCAGCUGUUGAAUGUCGCACGUGUUUUCUUUUAUUUUGUCGAGUCAGCAAAUCGCUUAUCGUCGUUGAAUUAAAUUGAAUAAUGAAAGAGCGUGAUUCAGGGCUUCAUUGGCUGAGUAUAGCCGAGGAAAACAACGUCACGUGAAAGAAAGGAAAAGGAAGAAAGAAGAAGUUGGCCUCGUAAGGUUUUUUUUACAGAUUGCAGUUUUGAUAAUACGCAAGGUUUGCUACAGAAUUCUUAACAUAAGUGGAACAAUGGAACAAAGAAUAUGAUGUACAAACGACAGAAGUGCCUGAACGCCUGCAAUAUCUUAUUAAACUAUUAAUAGAUGAGAUACAUAUGUUGGAACAAACUACAAAAUAAUUUCGUUGGUGGUUUGUGUUGCAUGUUGAUGCUCUAUAGAGAUUCAGAGAUUUUUACUUUUGCAAUAAAUUUUCAAUCUUAUAAAUGUAGAAGAGGAUAGUAUAAAACAAUUUUUUAAUGGAUUGGUACAGGAAAUUUUUUAAUAAAAGGCGAGCUGAAUUUCCUGUUGACGAUUUAGAAACUGAACUUGAAAGAAAAGAACGAUGGAGAAGUGUCUACACAAUUUAUUUUACCAUGUUUUUAAUGUCACUUGGCUUCAGUAUUAUACUUACUGGAGUUUGGCCAUACUUAGAUAAGUUGGAUCCUACUGCAGGAAAAAUAUUUAUGGGUUACAUAGUGGCAGCCAAUCCACUUGGACAAAUGUUGUUCUCACCAUUGAUGGGUUGGUGGGGAAAUAAAAGAGGAUCAGUAAGAUUGCCACUUUUAGUGACUUUAGCAUUAUUUACUCUAUCAUCAGCAGUUUAUAGUAUUCUUGAAGUAAUACCCGGAGAUAAAAAAAGUUACAUGCUUGUUGCUAGAUUUUUCGUUGGUGUUAGUUCUGCUAAUAUUGCUGUAGCAAGAUCUUAUUUAUCUGCGGCCACAAAACUUUCAGAACGCACACAUGCAGUUUCUAUGGUAUCCCUAGCACAGGUCCUAGGUUUUGUGGUAGGUCCUGGGCUGCAAGCAGCUGUAACACCUCUUGGAGAUCACGGUGUAACAUUUCUACUGCUACCUUUAAAUAUGUAUACAGCAGCUGGUUGGAUUAAUGUACUAAUGGCGAUAUUUAACUUUAUCUGUUUAUUACCAUGGAACUUUAAGGAACAUAAAAUUGCCAUAAAAGAAGCUAUGCGUAAUGAGGGAAAAGCUACAGAAAAAGAAACAUGGAAAGCUAUAAAACCAGAUUAUUUGGCUGCAUGGACUUUAAUUUGUGGAUUCUUUGUUUUAGUCUUUAAUUUUGUUCUUCUUGAAACUCUUGGUACUACUCUUACCAUGGAUCAAUUUGCUUGGACUAAGAAAGAAGCACUAUAUUAUAUGGGAAUAUUAAUGAGCGUUGGAGCUGUGAUAGCCUGUGUUACAUUUACCAUGAUUGGACCACUUUGUAAAAAAUUUGAGGAACGUAAAGUAAUGUUAUGGGGUGGAUUCUUUUUUAUGGUGAUCGGACGAGUAUUAUGUAUUCCAUGGGGUCCGGAUCCUCCUAAACUUGCAGAUUUUGGACCAUUUGGCAAUAUCACGAAAGAUAUUAAUGGCACAGAAAUCGUAGGAUGUUCCAUUAAUCAGACAUGGUGUUCUUAUACUCCACAAAUCACGAUUACUCAAUUUUUUAUUGGUUAUGGCUUUACCUCUAUCGGUUAUCCCAUAGGAGUUACUUUGAUGCAAACUAUAUUUAGUAAAAUCCUUGGUCCACGUCCACAAGGCGUAUGGAUGGGUUUACUGACAGGUGCAGGAUGUGCGUCUCGCGUUUUAGGUCCGAUAUUUGUGACCUUUAUUUACACUAAUUUAGGAACGUACCAUACUUUUGGUAUAACUGGUGUAAUGUUAAUUAUUUCCAUGUUGUGGUUACAACUUGUAAAUAAGCGUUUGAUUGCACCAGAGAUAAAGAAAAGCAAUCAACCGUCGGACAAGCAAGGAAAAGAGGUUCAAAUUCCAUUAGUUCAGUCAAGAUCUGAUAAUACUCAAACAUCGUGCGAAGCUGUGUAGUUAACAGAACAUCAAAUUGUGAUAAUGAAAGCUGUGUAUUGGCAAAGAGAAAAUUAUCUUUCGUGCAAUAUAACUGCCAUAAAUUGUACAUAAAUAUUGACAAAUAUUAAGGUAACAAUACAAAUUGGUUUAUAUUUUCUAUAAAUGUAUACAAAUUAAUACUAUUAAUAUUGUUACAAUCUGUAAAUGUAUAAAUAUUUUUUAUACAAAGUUGAAAGUUUUACACUAAAUACGAUUAAGAAUAAAAAUGGAUGUCUUCAGAAAAAUUAUGAAUAUUUAACAAUAAUUGAGAUAAAAUAAUUGACAAAACAUUCAUAACGUGCUCAAAACUUUUUAGUAUGUAAGUGUUUAAAUUUUAAUUAUAUUUUUAUAUAAAUAAUUAUGUCAUAUUAAUUAUAAUGAUAUUAAACAGUAAUGUGUAAAACUUGGAUUAUAAAGACGAUAAAAACUUGCCAUAAGUAAUAUAAAGUGGAAUUGAGAUUAUUUUAUUGAUAUAUAUGGAACUCGAUAUUAUUCUUCCAGUAUGUUUUUUAUUUAAAAAGAAGUUUUAACUCUAAAAUAUGCACAAUUAUUAACAUUAAUACUAUUAAUUCUUAGGGAAAAGAGUAUGUGUGCAUAUAUAAAUAUGAAUUACACAUUGUGAGUUUUAUAUACACAACUUUAGUUCUACAAACACUUUUAUCAACUACAAAAUGUUAUAAAAUCGCACAAAAAGUAAAUUUCUGUAAUAAUCUAUAGUCUGUGUAUUUUUAUAUACUUGUUGGUCGUUUAUAAACUUUUAAAAUUUUACAUUUAGCAUUAUUAAGAUUAAAUUAAUACUCUAUAGCUAUGUCUAAGAAUUUGAAUAAUGUAUAAAUUUACACACACACACACACACACACACACACACACACACACACACACACGCACGCACGCACGCACGCACGCAUAUAUAUGUAUAUAUAAAGCAUUGUUAACUCUCCUAGAUGAGUAACAUUAUAUUCAAAUGUAUUAUACACAAAUCACAGCAAAUAUUAUACGAUGAAAUUUGAUUGCGUGUACUAAACAAUGAUCUAAGAUUUCUUAAUCAAGUCUUUUAGAAUAUUUUUUGUUAGUGCAAUAGCCAUUUUCGCUUAAACUAGUUUAGAUGUUGGAUUGUUUAUUAGAUUAUUAUAACAUUUGUGAAGUGUGUACUUUAAUAGUUGCUUAUAUAAGUAUAACGUAAAUGCAACAUAAAUCAAUGCAAGAAUAACAGCUCGAACAGUUUAAAAAUCAUAGAAUUUUAAAGGCGUCUUUAAAGACACAUUUCUACAAAUAGUACAAAAGACAUCUCAAAAAUGUCUUAUGAUUUAAUUUAGACUUUGUGUUGGCUGGGAGGGUACAGUCUGCUCUUUAUUUUUUUUCCAUGUAGCUUGAAGAACAGGGAAAGACUGACCUAAUUAAAAUUUUAUAAAAUUUUACAUUAAUUAAGAAAUAAAUAGUUAAUAUUACAUAAGCACGUAGAUAUUACCAUUUAACUUUUUAAGUAAAUAUUUUAAAAAGUAACACGAUAUAAAAAAUUAUGAAUAAUUUACAUCCAACAUUAGAAAGUCGUAAUUGAAAUUGUGGCGAA